UCAAUCAAAUCCUUGAUAACAACACUAGAUGACAACCCACUACACAUGUCAACACUAAACAGAUAGAGAUCCAAAGGGAUAUGGCAACCCAAGUGAACCAUCCGUUUAGAGGUUCUAUUCUGAAGCACAAGACACAACCAGAGGCUCCUUUCACCACCGCAACCACAGUAAGAACCACGAGAUUUCAAGUCAUCAAUGCAGCAUCCUCCACUGGCAGCAGCGCCAGGCAGCUCAUAGAGUCCGGCACCAUCAGGACUAUAUCACCAAAAGAUGCUUCCACAGCCUUGAAUUCAGAGGGCUUCGUUCUCCUUGAUGUGAGGCCAAACUGGGAGAUAGAGAAGGCACGAGUGAAGGGGUCUCUGCACGUGCCAAUCUUUGUGGAAGAUAAGGAUAAUAGUCCCAUUACCCUGCUUAAGAAGUGGGUGCAUUUUGGUUACAUUGGCUUGUGGACUGGCCAAUACUUUACAACCUUGAACUCUGAGUUCGUUAGUCAAGUGGAAAAUGCCAUUCCUAGAAAGGACACCAAGCUUCUUGUGGCAUGUGGUGAAGGACUGAGGUCAAUCACAGCAGCUACAAAGCUGUAUAAUGGAGGUUACAGAAAUCUGGGAUGGUUAGGUGGAGGUUUUAAUCGUUCAAAGGACAAUGAUUUCCCAGAAGUAGAAGGAAAAGAGAAGUUGCAGUAUGCCACAAUUGGGGGAGCCUCUUACUACUUCCUUCAGUUGCUGAUACUUCUACAGGGCAAAGGCUGAUAGAAUAUUAAUUAGCACAUAGUUUCAUAACAUGUUAAUGCUCAUGCUUGUUCACCAUUUUAGUUGAUAAGCAUCUGUGGCCAUGUUGCAAUGCAAGCACACUAAUUUGCUUCAACUUCCAUUUAAAUUAAGACUUUGGGUUUAAAAAAUUGUAUUGUUAAAAUCUUAUAUAUUAAUUUUUGGUGUUUAAUAGUUGGGAGCUUGUACUUGUAGUAGAC